UCUCCUCAUGGACUGCACCAGCUUUUCCAGUACUUGCUGUGAGAUGUUACCCCACUCUUCCACCAAGGCACCUGCAAGUUCCUGGACAUUUCUGGGGGGAAUGGCCCUAGCCCUCACCAUCUGAUCCAACAGGUCCCAGAUGUGCUAAAUGGGAUUGAUAUCCGGGCUCUUCACUGGCCAUGGCAUAACACUGACAUUCCUGUCUUGCAGGAAGUCACGCACAGAUUGAGCAGUAUGGCUGGAGGGUCUUGUCAGGAUGAGCCUGCAGGAAGGGUACCACAUGAGGGAGGAUAUCUUCCCUGUAACGCACAGCGUUGAGAUUGCCUGCAAUGACAACAAGCUCAGUCCGAUGAUGCUGUUACACACCGUCCCAGACCGUGACGGACCCUCCACCUCCAAAUUGAUCCCCUUCCAGAGUACAGACCUCUGUGACAAAUCGAGAGGUGACACCAAACCCUGUGAACCACUGAUUAGGUGUCUGAAAAUACUCCAUGAAGCACUGAAUGUGUCGUCUUUGAGCGCCAUGGUAUCACGGUUGGAGAUAAUGGCCAAACAGAGAGGGAUGGGGUCCCACCUGAGCCCCACUGAGACAACCUGUUACCUCACAGCUGACAUGUUCUACCUAGAGGUCCUACUGCUGCCUGGGGGAGAGGUGGAGGAUGUGAAGUUGGCCCAACAUGGAGAAGCCCCUGUGUCAAGCGAGUCACUUCUUCAACUGCUAAAGUCAAAGAAGUUUGAAGAAUUCUCAGUGAAACUGAAAGGCCUUUCCUCCCUGUACAACAUCCCUGGAGACAAUGAGACCAAGAUCAAGGUCUACACAGCCCUUCAGUUCUUGGGGAAAGAUCUACAGAAGAUAUCCCAUUUGCCAAGAGCAUUAAGGGAGUGCAAUCUUCAAGUGGACAUGAUUCUCAAUGGCAGGAUUGGCUAUCUUACGGCAGGGAGCGAAGGUAUACCAAUGACUAUCCAAUACUACAUCAGCCCUUCUGACAUUCUGUUGGAGAUGUUCGAUUCAGAAAGGGGCAGUGUUGGCCAGUUGGCCUUGGUGACAGUGGGGCCAACUGACUCUACACACAAGCUCCAGAUGGCAUCUGUCAUCCCACAACCACCUCAGCUUGACGCCCAGGGUCUACCCUUGUUCAGUCCUCUCUGUGAGGUGCUCUCUGAAAUUAUGCCAGCCUGCUUCCAGCUCAAACUGCAGCCACCCCUACCAAUGCUCUCGUCCUUUGUUGAGAAGCUCAGCCAAAUUACAGAUGUUGCCAUAACUGAUGCUGAUGCUGACCUGCAGUGGGCACCUUUUCCCCAGUUGAUGAUGACCUUAUUAGGGGAGAAUGGUGGCAACAAAACAUGGAAUGGCCAAGAUGCCCACUUUCUAGUGCCCCUCCCAGGUAAAGAGAUACACAGCUAUGUGCUGCCGGGGGCUGCAUGGGAAGAAGCUGCUCUGAGGGGGACGCUGAUGAGUACCAUUCCCUUUACCCACCCUGCCCAUGUCCCUGCCCUACUGGAGCUCCUCCGCCACCAGUGUGCAAUUAACACUCUACUGGCCAGCUGCAUUACCUCUCUCAGGCCUAGCCCAGGUCCAGUGUGUGACCUAUACUGCGAAGUCCUCCCUGAGUCAGGUUCCAGCCUCUCUGUGACCUUUCACCUAUCUGACAGUGACUCUCUAUCUGUUUUGCUGGUGAAUGUGGCAGACUCCCGGAAGCUCACCUGCAGUCUGUUUGCAGUGGGGUCAGAGUCAGAAUCCAUGGAUGAAUAUGUCUCCAGAGUCCUAAAGAGAUGUAUGUCUAUUCCUGUGACCAUGCGUGCCUUGAAUCGGCGGCUGUCCAAGAGGACCUGUGGAGAACCUCUACCUGCAUGCUCCACCACCAUAUCCACUGCAGAUGUCAGCCCUGCUUCUCCUCUCCCCAUGUCCUGUGAGGCUGACGGCAGUCUCUCUUCUGGCUCUGGCCUGGAGUCCAUUGGCAUCCCUACUACCUCCUCUGCCGUGUUCUCCCGGGAUGCAAUGGGGCUGGAUACCACCGCAACGGCGGCAGAGUCUGCCUUCUGUAUGUCUGUUGCUGAAGUCAAUACAAACCCUACUGCCAACCCUUACCCCUGUGCCUCGGUGUGUGUGUAUUCACAUUGGAUGCACAACAACCAUCUCCCAGAACUUAUCUAGUCAGUUUAAUGCGUGACCCUCAAAGGGGUUCAAAUGUUUACGUGAUAUUUUUAUUGAAUGGUUCUAAAAAAUAAAGUCUUUUGACCUAUUAGUUGUUUGAGGUAGCCUUCACAUCAGCAUAAUAGGCUUUUAAACUAUAAU